UUGGGAGGGAAGGAAGGAGGUUCUGAGUGGAAACAGAGCGUCCAGUGUUUCAUAUUUCACCUCCCAGUCGAAGGAAGAGAAUAAGAAAAAAAGAGAAAAAGGAGAAGAGAAGGAGAAGGAGGAGGAGGAAACCUGGGGACAAUUUUCUUGAGACGCAUUUAACUUGGAGUUUAUGGAGGCUGCAGUUGUGGAAAAUGAAGAUCUCCUCUCUGGUCUUUGCUCUGCUAACCCGAACAUUGUUUGGAGAUUUCUGCUUGGCCAUCAACGCCACCAUCACUCCAUCGCCCUUCACGGUUGCCCAGGAGGGUCAGAACAUCACCCUCACCUGCGUCAUCUCCCAGAGACGGCGAAACGCAGCCCUGCCCGUCGUCAAAUGGACCUUCUUGCCGGCAAUCGCGGAUCGACCCGAGGACGAACUCCUGAUCGCCCGGGUCAACAUGCGUAAAGCUCGCUUCUAUGGGAACUACACCAAGAGUUUCCCCUGGCCGAAGUUCAAGCUGACGGUGGUGAAACAGGGGAAGAUAUUCAAGCUGCUCGUCCAGAAGGUGUCCAAGGAGGACAGAGGACUCUACAUGUGCCGGGUGCAGGAGUUCAAGAAGCACCAGGACCGCUGGAAGGCCUCCACCAACUAUACCGCCGCGACUGAGCUUAGAGUGCAUGUUCUCCCGACCACCGAGACCAAAGAAAGCCUGUGGAGUUUGUUUGAAGAUGUGUACUUGUGUGCAGUGCUGAUCUGCUCUGUGGGUCUGCUGUGCAUGUGCAUGUUCACUGUGACCAUAACCUGCCAGUUCAUACAAAGGAAGCAGAGGCUAAAAGAUCAGUACCACUUGGUCAAAAGCCCUCAGAACAGCUCAGGAGAGACGGUCACCAGCGUGGUCAGCGUUUCUCCUGCCCUUCCGAAGAAGGAGAGGAGAUACAGAAAGAAAAGGAGCAGAGACUACCAGGAGGAGAGACCGCCAGAGAUACCCGCUAAAGCUCCAAUCGAAGACAAAACUCGCAAACCCAAACUAUUAAAACCUCAAGCAAGGAAAGUGGUUCUGCCCCGGAUAGUGGAGGAGAAUCUGACGUACGCGGAGCUGGACCUGGUGAAGCCGAUCCCAGAGGCCAAAGCGUCUCGGAGCGGGACUGUGUACGCGCAGAUACUGUUCGAGGAGCAGCAGCUUUGAGAAGGAACACAAACCACUAAGAAAAAAACGAAACAAAGCAAAACUGUGCCUUGUAUAAAAACUGUUGUCUAUUUAUGCUCUGUUUUUUUGUGCUGUUUUGUAGAGAAUGGUUUGCGGUAUUUUGUUCUUUUUUGAUACGGCAAACCUCUACAUGUGGUUUUUUGUAGAUAUUUUGAAUACAUUCUUCAUAUGAUAGCAACAUAUAAUGUGACUUUUUUUCUUUUUUUUUGCUUUCUUUUGUUUGUUUUAUAUUGGAGUAUUUUAUAUUAAAUGUGGUUAAGCGCUGUGUACCCCCAAAUUAACACGGAAUACGACUUAAGGUUAAGGAACUUUAAAAUCCUGGAAUCUGCGUAAGGAAACACUUUGGAGAUAUUUCCGAAAAUUAACAGGUAUUAAUCUGAGAUUCCCAAAAUCCAGAUUACACAGCCCAGAAUCUACGGGCCCAGUUCAUCUUCCCUGGCGUCAACCACCAUUGUCUCCACUGCCUGGACUGAGGUCAACCAGUCUCCUUAACAUCAAUGAACUGAUUUUACUCUGAGCCAUUCUACGAGAAGGCCUUUGACAAGAAUGCUCACUGGAUCACCGAAACCCCUCCACCAUGUCAAGCUGAUGACUCCUUGGAUGUUUCAGAUGAGAGUCAGUUCCUCUGAGUCUGAGACCGUUGAUCUUAACAAGGAAAGGGAUUUCUCCGUCCGUGCUUCAAGUAGAGGAGUCCCAAGUCUUUUUGCCGUCUUGUUCUGAAGGAUUGGAGUCUUGUAUGUGGUUACGUUAAUUUCCUGUGCUGAAGAAAAAUAAGUUGACGAUUUAGUGGCCCGUCUCUUACCAACAGUCACAGGAUAUGGAGCAAUGAAACGAUGGAUUGGGCCAGGUUUCAUCUGCCCUUGGAGAUGAUGCGAAGAGUGCCACCACCCAGGGUGUUUUUCUUUUUUUUACAUCACCAGAAUAUCGACAAAGUUUUGCGCAUGUUUGUAAUGGAAAGGCAUCCAGUGAAUGAAGUAAACAUUUCUGAAUGAGUGACAUCAUGAUUGUGAACUAAUCCAACGUGUCCACAGCAAUACUUCCCUUCAAAGCAUCUGGGUUCAGACUGUUUAUUUGUCCCGCAGCAAAUUAUUAUGACCACAAAGUUGAUACAAACACACACACACACACGCCCCCCGCCCCACACAUAAUUAUGCGAGACCAUGCAGGCACUUUCAUCUGGCGCCAAUGUCAACUCAACGUACUGUUCGCAGCUCAAACACACACUUAUAGACUCACGAGAGACAGGACUGGGGUUACAGGAACGCUACAACGAAUACAAGAAAAGUCACACCUGAUUGUCGAGGUGAUGCACAUGAAUUUGAAUUCACUGUUGAAUCUUGGUGGGGGGAUGGGGGGGAGAGGGCUGCUGAUCAAGAACAAGAAGCCACAACACGUCCUACAAAUCUGUGCAACUCUCGUUUUUCCACUUUCCAUCACUGCGUGUCUGUUCCACUCAGCGAUCUUGAGGAAAAAAAAAACGAGAUGAGAAAAACAAAAGGGGAAGCAUUUUUAAACGUGAACUUGAAAUCCAGACAGGCGGGCGUCUGGGUUUCAAGGUGAAAGGUGAAAGUCUCUUCCCUCAAGACUUUCCCCGUCUUCCCUGGGCUUGUCCAUACAGCUGGAGGACGGCUGCCUGCAUACUGGGGCUCUUGAAAGAGUUUAUCUCAAAAGGGAAGUUUCGGCUCAUUUGCUGUCAUCAAACGUGAACUGAACCAGAAUCUGACUGUUUACCAGUUCAACUUCAUAUAGGCUUCAUAUGAAGCCACGGAAUGGAUGGUCCUGAAGAACCGUGAUGUCAAAACCAUCAGUUAAUGAAAUUAAGAAAGCAGAGUUGCAUGACUGUGCAUAACAAAUAGGACACACUGUUCUCUGGGUGUUUGUAGAAAAAAAAGCUUGUUGUUGAGUGUUUUUCCCGAUGUUUGUAUUCUCUCUGUAUAAAAUAAGUGACGUUUUGGUGGAUAGUAGAAGUGUCUUAAAAAUGCCUUCAGACUGUGAAAAGUAAAGUUCUUUCUGAACCACAUUGUCCAUAAUGGGCGUCUACUAACCAGAACCAUGUGUGUGAACUGUGGCUCUGUGCCACCUCUCGUUUUUCGCUCUCUCUGCCCUCUGCUGACCUUGGCGCUGGUCUACAUUCCUGCAGUUAGGCUUGUGCCUUUUUUUUUUUUUUUUUUGGGUGU